AUGUCUGCGACAGUGCAAUCGAGUGAAACCGACGAUGCAUUGGUAGCUCGAGGGGUGACAUGCAAGUUCUACACCGACCUUGAGACGGUGAUGCAUCUAACGGGUAAGAAAAACCUUUUGGAGUUUCAGCGAGUGUUCAUCAUGAUCACACGACCAGGGUAUGUCUUCGAGGUCGAUCUUGACACAUCGGCCGAAAUCACCGGCGAGGUCCGCGGAGCUUUGAGUCCGCCCAACUCGAUCGAGGAGUUCAUGAUUAAAACGGUGGUGCCUCGAUUAGACUACGUCAUCCAGCGAUGUGAGGCUGAACGCAACAAGCUCGCCUACCGCAUCGACCAGACCGAGAGACACUUGAAGAACCACGAGAGGUACCUAGAUUUGGCGGAGAAGUCACAGUGCCAUGACGUGGCUGUGCUUAUCAAGCAGCAGAUCGACGAGUUCAAGGACCGGUUGUUGAAGCACCAGAUCUUCUCCGGCUUCAUCACUCGCGAGAUUCACAAAACCGAGUUCCAUCGCGACUUCAUCCACAACUCGUUUGUCAUCAAACUACCGAUGGGCAAGAUGAAGAUCUGUCUAGACUACGAGACGUUCAAGUUGCUGAGGGUGAUUGCUGGCGAACCGAAGAAGAAGCAGCAAAGCAUCGUCGAAAGAGUGUUUGGUGCCCAGCAGUUGUUGUUUUCCAGCUUAAUAUUUGAGAUGUGGGCGAUCACACGGGUGCCGGCGCUCGUGUACACCGGCAUGUUCAACUUUGAACCCCUGGGAUACUAUUACAACAUGAAGAAAUUGAACAAUCAGUCGUACCAUUUGGCGGUUAUGUUCACCGUGUUUGAAGAAUACUCAUGGCCGAUGGUUCUCGAACAUUUCCCUGAGGACACUAAGGUGGAAAACGACUACUUGUUCCCCGACUCGAUGCACAAGGAAGCCCCUUACCACCAUUUGUUCGUACUUCGCUUUUCCGAGCAGCUUGUACGACCCAGUUACCGCCCCAGAAACGGCGCCAAGACGUAUCUUCUGAUUCUUUGGGGUCAAAAGUAG